UUUCUUUACCUAAUGCCUGCAAAUGUCCCUGGACAUACUGUUCCUUUUAAGCUGUGAAAUAUUUUAGAAAUACCUUUGGUUAAUGCUCUCUGAUCACUUAUUUAUUUAUUUUUUUUUUAAGAUUUGUGUUUCCUAAAUUGUACUGAUGCACAAUGCAGCUGAUGUAUUGGAAUGCUUUAGCCUUAAGAGUGAUGGAAGGAUCAUUGUGGUGGUUCCAUAAUAACUGGGAUUAAAAUUCUUUCUAGGUUGAGCUCUAUAAGAUGCUCGGUUCUCGGCAGUGUCUUGUGAUUCUUCCCUUUCAAUUGAAGGGUUUUUCAUUGAUCUUUUCUGCUUAUUCUCUGCUCGUGCUUGCUGAUUUUCCACAUGCAUCCAGUCUUACUUUUAUUACUCAUGGAUUCCCUCUUGAUGGGAUGGAAAGGAUUAGACUAUACUUCGUAGCAGAAAACCUUGUGCCUUAUUCCUUUUAUGGGACUGGUAAAAUAGUAAGAGUUUGACCUUAUUGGAGUCCCAGAAAAUUUCAGGAACAAAUAAUCAUCAGGAUAUCAGAAUGCAAUCCUAAUUGGCACCUCAACAAACAAUAGUUUAUUCAUUUCUUCAAAACCGUUCAGCUGCCCCCAUAUAUACAAACCUGUCUUGGAGACCAAUAAUUGAGCGGUUGAGAUUCAUGCAUGGAUACAAAUAAAAAGGGCUAUGGAGGUUUCAGUCCUGCAGGUGCAUCACUAGGACAGCAGUACGGUGGAUCUACUCUUCCACUAGAGUGAGGGAAGGGGUUCUAAUCGACCAUGAUACAAACAUGAAAACUGAGUAGGAAGAAAGACAACAUACAUGAAAAAGGAGUCAAAGAAAGCAAACACUGAAAAUGGCUUGGCAUAGACUAGUUAAUAUGGAGACAACCCAGUACAUGAAUUGCCUUUUUCUUCCCUUUCUGUUGUAGAUUUUGUCUUUGAAUCGACAGCCAGUUUAAGCCAAGGAAGGAACGCUAGAAGUAAGAAAACCGGAAGAAAGGCUUGGCCUCCCCUUAGCCUCGAUGACUUGCCUGUUUCCCCUUCACACCCCUAUCAGAAGAGGUAGAAGGCACCCGCAUCCCCAUGUGGAGAAAUUGCCAGCAUUAUCACCAUCUUCUUCUUCUUUUUCCUCCACAUCUCUCCGGAUGUCACAAUGCUUCAGAACUUCAAUUAGAAACAGGUGAGGAGGACAGUGACAGUGUUGUUUGUUUCCUCCUAUUUUCUCAAGUAUAUAAGGGCCUUCCAGCUUCCCCAACACAUAGUUUUCAAAGAAAAAGAAAAACAGAUCAACAGAGAGGAUCACAUUUGGAAUGGUCCCCAUAUUCCAUUAUUCUCAUAUUGGGUCGUGUUUAUCUCCACUAAGAAUAUUUUUAUUCGUCUGCUUUACAUAAAUUACUCUGAUCUCUACAUCAUUGCUAUUUUUUUAAACUUGCGUUUUUUCCUUCUUUUGGAAGAGUGGAGGAGGGCCUAGUCAUUCCCUGUGAAAAAAACAAAGCUAAAGAAAAAACGAAUGAAAAAAAGUGAUAACAGGUGGAGGGUGCCUUGUCUAAAGAAGUAAAUGGAAGGAUAAAGAAUGGAAAGGCAGUUAUACAACAAAAUAGGGGCAUUUUUAAGUGAGAAUAUUUAAGCAGAUAAGCCUUUCUUUUUAAGGAGUAGAAUCACUUUGCACCGUCCAUUCUCAGUCUCUUACCCCAUUCAAAUACUUGAGAGAAUCCAUGUAUUUAAAGGCGCUGAUCCACUUGAGGUGCUAAAUGCAGAAUGAUGGCUCUUUCUAUCAAUAAUAUAUGUGUAUCGAUAAGUGAUAAAGAACAAACAGACUCUGGACAUCCUUGGAAUAACUUAUCCCAUAUUUCCAUUAUAAUAAUUUUCUGCUCUUGGCAAAUUCAGAGCUGAAGACCAUCCAUCUUCCAUCUAAUGGUGGAUUACCAGUGGGCCUGAAGAUUUUUUCUGAUCUAUGAAGCUGCAGGCCCAGAAAAUACAGAAAUGUGGGAAAGUUAAUUAUAGAUUCAUGGGAACAUAGAUCUAAUUGGUAUGGAGUAGAGUGGAGAUGAUGGCAAAUAUGCAAUGCCAAUUGCCAAGAAGGUUAGCGAUUUUUGUGUGUUUGGGCAUGCAAAAGCAUAUAUAGAUGGAGGAGAAAGGAAGAAAGAGGAGAUAUUGGUAUGACAGAAGAUGAGAAAAGAGGAUGGGAGUGAUGGUAAUACUAUAGUCAACACAAGUGAGGCGAUUAAUGCGAUAAGGCAAUGCAAAAGCCUCAAACAACUCCACCAGGUUCAUGCUCAUACCAUCACCACUGGCCUUUCACGGGGUUUACACCAUUCUUCUCUGCUCCUAACCAACAUCCUCACUGCCUUCACCGCUCUUCUCCCCACCACCAACGCCUCUCCAACUACUCCAGCAGCUCUUACAGGCUAUGCCCUUUCAGUCUUCAAUCGCAUCCCAAACCCAUCAACCUUUGGCUACAACACCAUGAUUCGAGCUCACACCCUCCUCUCCUCCCCUCUCGCUGCACUUGUCAUUUUUGUCCGCAUGCGCCGCCUCUCUGUCCCACCGGACACUCACACCUUUCCCUUCUGCCUCAAAGCUUGCUCCCUUCUCCCUGCGCUCUCCCUCGCGCAAACGCUUCAUUCCCAAGCCUUCAAGUUUGGAUUUGGGGCCGAUUUAUUCGUCUGCAACACCCUUAUUCAUGUCUACUCUGUCAAUAAGCAUCUGCAUCAUGCAUGCCAAGUGUUUAACGAGACUUCCCUGAAAGAUGUCGUCUCAUAUAAUGCAUUGAUUGGUGGCUUUAUUAAGGUUGGCGACACUGACCGUGCACGUCGGCUCUUUGAUGAAAUGCCCAUCCGAGAUGCCGUGUCCUGGGGCACCCUCUUAGCUGGAUAUGCCCAGAGUGGGGACCUCUGCAUGGACGCAAUUCAACUCUUCAAUAGAAUGCUCAUUUCUACCGUGCGUCCUGAUAACAUUGCACUGGUUUCUGCUCUCUCUGCUUGUGCACAGCUUGGGGAGUUAGAACAAGGCAAGUCUAUACAUGUCUACAUUAAGCAGAAUAGAAUCCCAAUCAAUGCCUUCUUGUCCACAGGCUUGGUGGACUUGUAUGCAAAGUGUGGAUGUAUUGAAACUGCUAGGGAGAUAUUCGAGUCAAGCCCGGACAAGAAUUUGUUCACAUGGAAUGCCUUGCUGGUCGGGCUUGGCAUGCAUGGGCGUGGCCAUCUAUCACUGCAUUACUUCUCCAGAAUGAUAGAGGCUGGAAUCAAACCAGACGGUGUGAGCUUCUUGGGAAUUCUUGUGGGGUGCGGCCAUGCAGGUCUAGUCUGUGAAGCCCGAAAAUUUUUUCAGGAGAUGGAAGUUGUCUAUAGAGUCCCUAGGGAGCUCAAGCAUUAUGGUUGCAUGGCGGACUUGCUUGGGCGGGCUGGUUUGAUCAGAGAGGCAAUGGAGAUGAUUGAGCGCAUGCCAAUGGGGGGAGAUGUGUUUGUGUGGGGUGGUGUGCUUGGCGGAUGUAGGAUACAUGGGAAUGUUGAGAUUGCAGAGAAAGCAGCUGAGAAUGUGAUGGCUUUAAACCCUGAAGAUGAUGGAGUCUACUCGAUCAUGGCUGACAUCUAUGCCAACGCAGGCCGAUGGGAGGAUGUUGCAAGGAUAAGGAGGUUGAUGCAUAGCAGACAGGUCAAGAAGAACCCCGGUUGUAGUUUGGUUCAAUUGAACUAAAGGCGUUUUCCUUGGUUUUGUUGCAGGGAGUGCAUCCUCUUCUUACAUCCUUAAUGGGAUGGAGAGGGAAAAAGGAAUAUCAAUUUCAAGCAUCAUGGCAUGUAACGCAAGUAUAUAUGGUUCUGCACUUCUGUUGUUUUAUCGUUUAGUAUAUGCUUUAACUUCAUAUAUGUUUACUUUAAGAAAAACCAUGUUUGGUGGGUAAAAAGAAAUUGAGAAAAAUAAAGAAAUUAAAACAAUUUUGCGUUCUGCCGAACUUGAAAUGUUAAUAAAUAGAGAACGGGAUCCCACCCUAAUGCAAUUUAGCAACGACGGUCCCACUGAAAUUUGAUUGGAUAAGAUACACUCCCUAUGGCUCCUUUCAGAAUGUUCUAGCUGCUGGCGUCUGGAGCUCGCCCGAUCCAUUACCCGUAACCAGAGGCAGUUUUAAUAAUAAUAUUGUGAAGACAUGACGUGCUGCUUCAAGAGGCUUCCACGAGGAGGUUAUCUUAUGAAUCCAUGACAAGUGUCCUUCAGCUGUUCCUGACGUGGCUCCAGAAGCCUCCUUUCCGGUUAUAUAUAUAGCAGGGAACCGAAAGGUUGCUUUAACAUAGGCUUGGAAUCGCUUCGCUUCAAAGUCUGAUAUUGAUUUGCCGAAUUGCCGUGUUAAGUUAUCACUCUCUCUGUAUUGCAAGAUGAUGGGUUUCAGCGCUACUAGGGGUAACUUGAGAUCCAUGGUGAACCGCUUAAGAGGAAGCCAUUACACGUUCGCCACAUCAACCUCGCCAAAGAUGAGGGCCUAUGCUCCCACUGCCGACUUCGGCAACGUCCAACACAGUGAGCUAAGGGGAAUGAAAGGGGAUUUUGUACCUGUAUACGUGGCGAUGGGGAUGAUAGCGAUGUCAGUGACGCUUGGGCUUUGCACGGCGAUGCACGAGCUGAUGUAUUGCCCGGCGGUGCACUUAAGGAAGAGCAGGAGGGAGACUCUGCCGGAGGUGGAGGACCCUGAUACUGUAGUUGAUGAGGGUGACAAGUUCGUCAAAAAAUCCUUGCUUAGAAAGGUGGCCCACGUCCAGAAGCUUGAACUUGUCCCUCAUCCCAUCGAAGAAGACCCUCUCGCACGGCCGCCGCGCGCAGUGACACUCAAGUCAGUGGGCAUAGAUCCAAAAAGCCACUAAGUGCUCCUGGAGCAGGGGAGUAUUCAUUUUGGCUUGUAAUACAAUGUAUGGCUCCUCAUGACAACAUAUGACAUGAGGAUUCGUCUGCGUCUGUAAACUACUGUGAUUAUAUCGGUAAAAAUAAGAGUGUUGCUUCUGUGCAUA